AAAAGGAGGAAGAAUUCAUUUAUUCCUAGUAGAAUAUUUCAUCAAUAUCAUUAUCAUAUGGCUACUGUCAUUAUCAAAAGAUCAUUCCAUUCUUGGACAUAUCUUGAAGAUGUUGCUAUGAUCUGGUUCUGCGGUCAACACGAUAUUAUACCAGUUGAAGUGAGUGAACAUGAAACUAUUCAGCGUAUCAAUCAUCUGGUAGCCGAUCGUUUCUGUCUCUUAUACAAUGGCCAGACCUUAGAUUGUCACCGAACCAUAUCCAGUUACAAUAUGCCAAACGAAACAAUUUUGCAGCUUGAUAUCCCUCGCCCUACUCAAUUCCAAUUAUACAUACGCGUUUACGGUGGAUCAACAAUGGUGAUCAAUGUUAUGCCUAACAACACCCUUGCCAGUAUCAAACAAUGUCUUCAACAAAUCGAAGCCCGUCUUUUUACCCAGCACCAACGCUUAUUCUUCAUGGGCGAACUUCUCCAGGAUGAUCAACGGUCUUUACAGUCGUAUGGAAUCAAGUGCGAUUCUUUGAUUGAUCUCGGUUAUGUUGAACCUGCUCCUGAGAUCGAUACCAAUCUCGAGAACCAACUUCGACUUUAUUUAGAGCGACAAAGGCGAUCAGUUCCUGGAUCAACGACGAUUUCAUCAGCUCCAAAGAAUCCAGAACCAAUGAAUAAUAAACAUGCACAACAACUCAAGAACAGUUAUUCGACCACACCACUACAACCACAACCACCACAGAAGAAAUCAAAAAUCGAACCAAAGAAAAUCACACCAGAAGCAAUCGCGGCAGUAGAACAACAAAAGGUCAUUAGUAAUAUUCUUAUUCAUGUACGAAUGCAUUCAGAUAUUAUCAUCAAAAUCGCUAUCAAUCCAAACGAUACCGUCGAACAUUUCAAGAAUAAAAUUUUCAAACACACUAAUAUCCGACCUUCAUCCCAACGAUUGACAUUCUGUGGCUCUAGUCUCGAAGACGACAUGACUAUUCGUGAUUAUUGUAUGCGUGAUGGUAGUCGAGUAGAUUUAUUUGCAAGACCACCAAGAUCAUCAGUGAAAAGGGAAUCGACUCCUUUACAUACUUCGCCGACAACAACAACAACAACGACAGUGACGGAUCUCUUACCUGUGAAACUGGAGAAAACAACUGCACAAGAAACAGCCCCAAGUGAAAAGAAGAAGACGCACAACUUCCUUGGUGUUAUUGACCUUCUCUCAUCGGAUGAAGAGGAACCAAAUGAAAAACAAAACCAACAAAACGAAACACAAGAUUCAUCUUCUAGUCAACAUACCAGCAAUACUUCUUUUUACAGCAUGGAAGAUUCUCAGGACAAGCAAAUCAAGUCAACAAAAUCCAGGUUGUUAAAUAUUCGACAGACAAAUGGUAAGAUCACACAUAUUAUUAUGGAUCACUCUCCUACGACAACAGUGGCAGAUGUAAGAAAACUAUUUGGAGAAUAUGGUCUUCCUACAGAUCCGCAGGUGAAAAUCGAAUUUGGUGGUACCUAUUUCCAAGAUGAUUUUGUACUGGAUGAUUAUUUUUUGGAUGAUAAUUCUAUAUUGACUUCAAUAAUAGAAUAAUUUUAGAUAAGAUAUUCCUUUUUUUUUUUUUUUUUU